AUGUUGAAAAAUUUUAUUAACUAUGUUAAUUUUACCAUUUUAGAGGACCAACAACCAGCAUCACGUCUUUCUAAAUUAUCUCGGUUAACUCAAAUCGUUUUCCGUGGUUCAAUAUUGUCCGAUCUCGAUCAUUUUUUACUCAUACUUAAUGCUGCAUCUAAUCUUUUUCGUUUGGAUAUGCCUAUUGAUUAUUUAUUACAAUUAAUGGAAGAUCAACAAAUUACUGAUCUUCUUCGUCAACGUAUUAUGUCACUUUCUAUCCUAGGAACUGAUACUCCAAGAUCAACAAUAAACCUCAAAGAAGAACAUAUACCUACGAUCGCUUCUGUUUUCUCUCGUCUCUGUGAUUUAUAUGUUGAUAUAACGCAUCCACCAUUAAACACACAAAUAUGUUCAGAAGAAAACUUAUCCUUACAAUCAUAUGAGCAAAAUUCUGAAGUCAUAUCACCACUUUCAAGUCAAUCAAUGAUAUUAUGUCUGUUGAAAGAAUUCAAAGAAUAUAAACUUAUUGGUUUAUGUAUUGACGGAAAUUUUGAUGAAAGGCUGAAAACAAAUGCAGAGCAAUGGUUACGGAUUCAUACUAAUCUUUGUGAACAACAAUUUGAAGCUAUUUUCAAUAAUGAAUUGAAUCGAUUACUUACUUGGAUGUAA